CAGUGUAUAUGAAACGCGCUAAGCGAUUGAGCUAAUUCUUUGUGGUUUACUCAUACUGUAUUUGAAGUGUAAUAUAAGGGUUCCAGGUUAAACUGACCCGUUCAGUAAUCCGAGUUACGGGCCCUGCCAAGCCACAGCAUGUUCUCUGCUGCCUGCCCUAUAAAUAGUGCAGGCUGGGAGGAAAAUACCAAGACAAAUAUAUCUGCAGCAGGCAGCGAGUAUGGGGACAGACAAGGAUGCGACGGGCGUGCUUAAAUCGUUAAUAUUCAUAACCAGUGUUCAGGGUGACGUUGUCUAUCUUCUUAAAUUCGAAAUAAAUUAUCCAUGUACACGGAAUUCUAGUGAAAGCAUUUGUCCAGUUUCAUAGUUCAGAACAGUUUUAGAAUGUAUUAUACAUUUGACGUCUCUUUCGGUAUCUCAGACUAUAUUACCUCGAAUGGUGGGAUGAUUAAAGAAUAGUGAAUUGAAAAGGAUGUGGAAAGAAGCAGUCGUGGCCUAAUUUAAGGUACUAACCAGCAUUUGCGUGGAGGACUGAAGGAAAUCACGGAAGUACUCAGGAUAACCGGUCUCCGGGCCGAUACUCUAACUAGGGAUUUCCCAAAUACGAAGGAUGUGUGCUAACCAUUCGGCUUCAACGUUCGGUGGUAAUUCCUCAAAGUGAAAUAAAUAAUUUUCUGCUGGGGUUCACCUUUACUUCAGCACCAGAGUAAUCAUUCGUAAUAAGUUAAAAUCUGAACCUUACAUUUCCGGGGGCUCAUUUUUCUGCGAACAUUUCAUAUUUGGAUAAAAUAGAGUUGUCCGAGAAACUAAGACUGAUUCAUGUAAGCUUAUUCAUUAUCGGAACUUUUUUGUGAGUAUAAUAUUAUAAUAUACUUUAAAUAGGAUGCGAGGACAUGUAUUUGAUUCAGCUGGCUCAAGAUUGGGUCCAAUGGUAGGUUCUCUUGAGCACGGCAGUAAACCGUCCAAAAUAAACAUGGAACUUCUUGACCAGCUGAGCGACUAUCAUUUUCUAAAGAUGAAUUCUGCUGUAUGGAGUUAUUAAGUGUUGUGUUCAAAGUUUUAAUCCGUUUGGUUUGAAGAAAUAAAGCUGAGGAAGAAAACAGUAUUUCUUCAAAAAUACUUUGGUAGAUGGCCGCCUACUGAUGGAACAACUAAGGAAGUUGAUCCUUCCGCAUUCCGUGUGAACACGGAAAGUUAACGAAAUUCAUACAUAAUAUUUGUGGACUGAACAUUGAGACAUUCGAGAAAAAGUUGUCACUCUUUUCAAUAUAUUGUAACCUGUACAUGAACUAGUCAAAUUAAUGUGGACCAUACCAUCAUAGGUUCAUAAAAUUAACAACUUUACCUCAGGAGGACCUGUUCCAUGUAUCAUUAAGAAUGGAUCGACCUUUCCAUGUAUCUGCAAGAUGGCGUGAUCCUCGUGAACUUUAGAUGACAGAAUGUGACUUACCUUGAAGGAUCGAUGGAGGUGGAGGACCACAUCACAAAACACAUAUCGCAAGAGCAGAAGCCUUAGAAAGUCGUCUCCAAAAAACUGAAGAUAAGAUGCAUCUGCAACAUCAAUCAACAAAGACAAAGUCACUUCUGCACCAGCCCAGCACGCAGUUUGAGUAGGAUGAUGGAUUCAGCUAUCUUGGAAUGUGGAGCUGGCACUGGAACUCGGCAUGUACGAGAGCUCGUGCUCCUACCAGAGCGCUCUGGACCUGAAGCGGGUGUCGCCCGCGAUGCCUGCCAUCAAGAGCGAGGACUGCAUGAGUGCUGGGCUGAGUGGCACGGCGGGUGACUGGGCCGCGGGAUGUGCCUAUCGGUUCGCCUGCAACUCCUCCACUUUCGAGCAGCUCAAGCAGUCUGUAGAGAAGGCCAAGGCGGCGCUCCAGGACCGGGGCAGCUACUUGGCAGCGUCCAGCGCCUUCAGCGACCUCGCCAGCUCGCCUUUCGCACCACCUCCGCGUAACAAUGCUGCGACACAAGAUCUGCUACAGGACACCCGAAGGGACGACGCCAUGUCCUCCGUCUCCGACAAAAGGACGCACAGUUUAGAGCCCCAUUCUCAGAACCGCGCAGAGAAGAACUCGAACCAUGGACAUUUGUCUUCCUCUUCCUCGUCGGGCUUGAGUUCGUCGAAGGGCUACCACUCGGCCACCAUCACGGAGUCUUUGCGUGCCACCAGCAAAUCAGACACAUCGUACAAGGGAUCAUGGAGCUCCCACAGCGCAUCACAGACACAAG